CAACCCUUUAAAAAUCAACGUUUGUUUAUUUACGUUUACUAAUUUUAUAAAGUUUGAACAGAUUUAUAAAAUAUAAUUAUGAAACUCGGCAAUUAUAAUAUUACUUUUCAUCCAAAUGUGAUAUUAAAAUAAAUAAAAAUUUAAUUUGUUAGUAAGAAAGUAUAAAUUUUUAACGAGCAGACAAUAUUAAAAUUUGAAUUUACGAAAUAAAUUUUUACCCAUAUCAGUUUUGCUAAAAUAUAGUAAACAUGGUAAACAAUAAUAAAUUUUUGCUCAAUGGACAAUGCAUUGCGCUUGCGUUAUAUUAUCGACAAGUGCAAGCGGUGACAGGUUUUCGAACGAGAAAAGAACGAGGCAAUGUUUGUCGAAACGGGAGCGGAGCAACUCCGCGUCCCCUACGUUAAUAUUUGCAAAAGAAACUUUAUCAUUCCAUAAAGAAUAAUUAUUGGAAAAAAGAAUAAACAGUGUGCCUUAAAAAUGCAAAAUUCCUAGCAGUGGUGAAAUCCGUCGAUCCGCUAGAUGAAUGGCCUUGCGGACGACAGGAGUUGAUGUGUUUAUUCCCCCUUUUUUUUUUAUUUAAAAUAAUAUUAUUAUCGUGCGACCGAAAAAUUGAAACUGGUUGUGAUGCAUAGAAAAAAUGUUCUAAAUGCAUGAGAAGUUGUAUUAAUUUUUGGAAAAAAGCUGUCACAAAACCCCCAAGUAGCUAUGGCAAAUUUACCAGGAAGUUCAACAACCGCUUUUCCUAAGCCUCCAACAAUGUUGGAGCAAUUACUCGAAGAAAUCAAUUUUCAAAGGACAAAAGAAAUGCGUCAACUACUCAAGGAUGAUUCGGGAUUUGUGAUGUUACAAGGCACUACAUAUUGGACGGAUCUUUUUGUUCGGCAUUUUCUCUUUCAAGCUGAGCACACAAUUGACGGUGAUGAUCUUCUAUUUUUCGUGAGAAAAAAGCAUGUCAAGACAUCGUCGAGAUAUUUGCCGAAAUUCGAGACAGAAGUAAAUGUUUUUCGCAAGGACAGCAAAAAAUUGCCAAUCGGCGAUCCAGAUAUUGAUUGGGAGGAAACGGUUUAUCUCAAUUUAGUUGUUCAUCAGUUUGAUUAUACAUUAACACUCGCCACAUGUACACGAACAAGCCCAAAGGAAUUACAAGUAUUGAGAAGGCAUUCGCAGAAAGUUUACGCGAGUCCCAGUCGUCGUCGUAUGGAUGCCAAAGGCGAUCUCGAGGAGAUGACGUAUCCACACAUCUGCUUUAUGGUAGAUAACUUUGACGAAGUUUUCUGUGAUAUACUAGUCAGGGAUGGGGAAAUGGUCUGCGUUGAAUUAGUCGCCUCCGAUAGAAAUGGUGCUAUUCAAGGAGUUAUAUUCCUCGGAUCCAUCAGAUAUGAUGCUUUGAAAAAAGUUUACGACGCCAGGUCAAGUCUCAGCAGUAAAGUGGCACAACGAAUGACAUUCGGUCUUUUCUCGGGAGCAACUUCUCAACGUGUCGAAUUUGUCCGAAUGAAGGGUCCCCAAGGAAAAGGCCACGCAGAAAUGGCAGUGACGAAACCAAAGGGUUCGGGUGCCGAGACACCGACAUCGGAACCGGGAUAUUGUGCCACUGAUCUUUGGGAUGCAGACUGGGAGGAUGCGGAGGAUUUAUUUAUGUAUCGUCAUCAGCGAAGACUCUCGGAUCCGAGUGCAAAUUUAAAUAAUUUUGUGCGAGGCGGUUGGCGAACAAAACCAGAAUCAGUGGCGACAAAAGCGAGAUCUGAAAAUGAAGGAUUGGACUCAAUGGCAAAUGGACUCAGUGAAAUUGAAGCCGGAGAUGUUCGAGAUGCUGAUGGACAGAAUUGCAGUUGGGGCGGCCGGGGCUUAUCAUCGUCGACAACAACGACAACAACAACAACAACAACUACUACUACAAGUACAACUACGACUACUUCUACAACAACAACAACGACACCUCAUUCACCAGGUAAUCGUAGGAGUCCCAAUUCUCGACGCAGAAAAUCGCCACUUCUCUCAAGCCGGAAUUCUGGUCGGAAGCAAAGGAAUUCAAGGGAUCGAUCAGGGAAGGAAAGUUCACCAAAUCACAAGAAGAACUACCGCGACACUCGCGGAGUCCAGAAUCAUCCUCAUCAUCAGCAAACAAUAGAGGUUGGCAGUGAACUUCUUGUAACUUCCGGUGCAUCAUUAACCGAAGACAAUGUGAGACAAAAACUCGACGCUGGAGCAAUUCUUGUCGAUGGCAAGGAAGAAUUACCCCUCGAUGAUAAUUUGCAGAAUCAUCAACAACAACGACCAUUUCUCGAUGAACGUAUGUCAUUCGAAGAGGAAGAGGAGAAUGACGAAAAUAAAAUUUCACCCACACCAAGAAUCGCUCGAAUAAAUCUUGAUCUUGUUCGCGGCUAUGGUAGCGACAGUGAUGAUGCAUUACGAAAAAAGAAUCGUAAUAAAAGCGAAAAUGAAUUUAAUAAGGACAAAAAUGCAAACGCAAAAUUAAUGCGAUCACAAAGUUGUACACAUAGACAAAGUGCGACUCUACCGAGACCAAGACGACGGCGAGCAUUCUCAGGGAGUUUCGCUGAGAAUCCCUUACCUCCACAUCGCGUUACCACCGAUGGAACGGCAAUCUACUAUUGGUGCGAGCUCCCGCGCCGCCCCGGCUCACAGGAAUUGGACGACGGAGCCUAUAAUCCACUCUGGACGAUGCGAGGUUUCACUCAGACUUUUCACUUCUGGAAGGAAACAAAACGAGCCCAGUCCGUCCCUCUCAAUGCAUUUCUAACGUAUAUUACUCUUCCUUGGUGGAGUAUAGCUAAAGAUAUUCUUGACCAUCGAGAUGGGCCCAUUCUGACAUUUUAGCCAACUUUCGAUGGAGUCAGUUCUUUUUUAUUCUUUGUACAUUCACAUUACGAACAUACAAAAAAACGUAAUGUACAAAAAAAUUAAAAUAAAUUACGUACGAUUUACAAAUA